UUACAAGUUGCAGAACCAUACAAGCGACAAGUAACUAGCAGCAUUAAUAUAGGCAAGCAAGCAGUAAAAAAUAUAUAAAUAUAAAAAAAAACAGUUUUAUAACGUAUUCAUAUUGUACUCAAACUGGCAGGACGCUGCGCCGAUCGUAACAACAACCGAAAGAGCAAUAACAUUCCACAUUACAAAAUUAUUUCGACUGCUGCUGGCCAGUGUAACUCAACAUAACACAUACGAAAAAAAGGAAAAAGAAAACAAAAGAAAACUAUAUUGUGAAUCACAAACAAUCAUUAGCAAUAAUGAAUUUCUUGGGUUUUGGCCAAUCAGCCGAAAUUGAGAUAGUUUUCGAUGGUGCGGAAAGCCGGAAAACAGCUGAGGUCAAGGGCGAGGAUGGCAAAGUGGAGAAGAUGCUGCUCUUCUAUGACGGCGAAACAGUAUCCGGCAAGGUAAAUGUAACGCUUAAGAAGCCGGGCAGCAAACUGGAACAUCAGGGUAUCAAGAUCGAGUUCAUUGGCCAAAUUGAAUUGUUCUACGAUCGCGGCAAUCAUCACGAAUUCAAAUGCCUAUCCAAGGCACUGGCCCGACCCGGCGAUCUCAUACAGAACAACAGCUAUCCGUUCGAUUUCCCCAAUGUGGAGAAACAAUUCGAAGUCUAUGCCGGCUCCAAUGUGCGUCUGCGUUAUUUUCUGCGCGCGACAAUUGUGCGACGAAUUAGCGACAUCACCCGAGAGGUGGACAUUGCGGUGCACACGUUGUGCAGCUAUCCGGAAAUGAAUAAUCCCAUCAAAAUGGAGGUGGGCAUCGAGGAUUGUCUGCACAUCGAAUUCGAAUACAACAAGAGCAAAUAUCACUUGAAGGACACGAUCAUUGGGAAAAUCUAUUUUCUGCUCGUACGCAUCAAGAUCAAACACAUGGAGAUUGCGAUCAUAAAACGCGAAUCCACCGGCACCGGACCGAAUGUCUUCAACGAGAACGAAACAAUUGCCAAAUACGAGAUUAUGGACGGAGCACCGGUGAAGGGUGAAAGUAUUCCGAUACGUGUAUUCCUCGCUGGCUAUAAUCUUACGCCCACGAUGCGGGACAUUAACAAGAAGUUUUCGGUUAAGUAUUUCUUGAAUCUGGUGCUCAUGGACACCGAAGAUCGUCGCUACUUCAAGCAACAGGAGAUUACAUUGUGGCGCAAAGCGGACAUCCCACGCUAUCAUGUUGCCCAGCAACAACAGCAGCAGCAGCAACACCAGCAGCACCAACAGCAACAACAGCAUCUGCAUCAGCAGUCGCAUCAUCAGCAACACCAACAUGUGCCGUUGCAUGCGCCGCCGCACUUGGUCAGCGGUCCAGCGGCGCCCACAGUGGCCCACUCGCUGAUCGCCGAGCAAGCUGCUCAGGCUGCAGCAGCGGCCGCUGCUGCCGGCGACAGCAAGCUGGCAACAACAACAACAACAGGAACAGCAGACGGCGCCGGUGAGUCCAAGAUGGGUCUGUUUACACGCGAGAGUCCGAAUCAGGAGUUUAGCCAACAGCAGCUCGAUUCACCGCUGCCCAACUCACCAUCGACGCCGCCACCGACGUCGUCGUUGUCAGCUGUUGAUGAUGACGAUAAUGGCGAAAGGGAACGUGGCAUUGGCGAUGGUGCUGCAGCGGCCACAACGAGCGCCUCGCCUGUGGCCAUGUUGUCCAGCACGCCGCCGCCAUUACCAACUGCAGGAGGAGGAGGCGGAGGAGUAACUGGAGCGGCGAGCGAUGAUGCAGUUGCGGCUGCUGGCGAGGAGCGACAACUGCUUGCUGAGGAUGAGGAGGAGGAGGAGGAACUGACGGAUGUUGCGUUGCCAUCGCCGCCAGCGCCAUCACCAGCGCCCACUGCAGCAGUAGCAGCAGCAGCAGCCAAGAAGACGACGAAUGUGGCGCCGUUGAGUGCGGAUUAAAAAUCACGUUUAUCAAACAACAGCAAGAUCAACAACAACUACAUAUAUUUAACAACAACAACACAGCAACAACAGCAAAAUAUGCAUAUAUAUUUUUUUAAAACACAACAGCGUUAAUUUACAAAUUGUUACGAUAAUGUUUUUAUUGAGGUUAUGCGCGCACAUAAAAAAAAGAAAAGGAAAAUCACUUUGCAGAAUGCGUUUCUGUUUUCGAGAACACCCCACAAAAAGAAAGAGAAAAGAAGCAGCGCUUAAAUACUCUCCCUCUCUCGCUCGCACACACCUAUAAGCUUAGCUCUAUUUCGGCAAAUUGUAAUCACGAGAAAUUAUUAUAUUAUAUAUACAGAUAUAUAUAUAACGCUAUUGAGUAUUUGUUGUGAUCCCAACUCAUUCCUUUCCCUUUUCUCCUCAUCCCCAAAACGCUACUUUUUGGAAAAUUGAAUUUUUCAAUUUUGUUUAGCGAAAAGCAUAAAACAAUUCAAGAACAAAAUGCUUUCUAAAAGUAAAUAAUAAUGAAAAUAAAGCAAAUCGCAGCGUAGGCAUAACUAAAAUUAAAUAAAAAUUAGAGAAUAUAUUAUAUAAAAAAAAACAAAACAAAAUAGAAAACAAGAAAAUACAAAAAGAAAACGAAGCUGCCCGGAGUUGUUCUGAGUGCGCCUAGAAAAAAACA